UACAUAGAAAAAUAAAGAGUGGAUAGAUGAUUCUCUGUCUCCAAAGGGCUCACACACCCUAAAAAGAAAAAUGUGGUAGGCACCAGCAACAGCCACUGGACAGAUGCUGUGCUGGGCCUUCUCUUAAAAGGCACAUUUAGUGGAAAAGGAAUAUUUUAUCUAACAUGGACCAAAUAAAACAAGUAAAGUUUUAACUUUAAUUCCCAGUUGUAAGCCGGGCAUGCGGGGCCCUCGAAAACACGGGGCCUGUAGCAAAUGCUACAUUUGCUACUACAUUAAUCCGCCAUAGGGAAGAGCAGAAGGUUUCAAGUUCCCUCCCUGGCAUCUCCAAGAUAGGGCUGAGAGAGGUUCCUGCCUGCAACCUUGGAGAAGCCUCUGCCAGUCUGUAAAGGCAAUACUGAGCUAGAUAAACCAAUGGUCUGACUCAGUAUGUGGCAGCUUCCUAUGUUCCUAUGUUAGUUGUAUAACAUGUGAGUUCUUAAGGGCCUCAAUAGCACUUGAGCCUGAAUUUGCAAGAGCUUCAAGAUAUAAAACAAAAUUUAUAAGUAUAUUUAGGCAGAUAUGCAUUAAAAGAAACAGUUGGACGACAUUUAACUCAACAUACUCUCCCACAUUUCUUUCCCCACUCCCCUUCUGUCUUGAGACUGAGUCCAAUUUCAGCCGAUCCAAAGAGGUUUGGGACAAAGAAAAACUGCCCAAGUCUCUUUUCUCACCGGCUCCACCAUGAAACACCUGCCUGCAAAUCUAAGGACUUAAUCCACCAGAGGACACUGCAGCUGCUGUGAAAGAACGCAAUUUCUGCUAACAUCAUAAGAACAAGGCUGUUGAUGGUAGCCCCCAGCGUCGUGACAGUGGGGGUGGAGGUUGGAGUUGUGCUUCAGGUUGAGGAAUCCGGGCUCUCCGGCAUAGUCUACUUUCAGAACGAGAAUAAUGCCAUGAUGUGCUCCAACGAAGUGCAAUUCAACCUUCAGCCCAACAGUGCGGAAAAAAUUAAUUUGAAGGUGACCCAUGAACUCUUUGCCCAGUGUGGUCUGGCUCACCAGCGACGGAACCGCUACAUUCAGCUUGUUGCCUACAGCUCCCAGCUCCCCAGCCCCAAGGGCAUCCAAACUCUCAACCUGCGCUGGAGUGCCCGGCAAGGGUACCUGUUCCUGCAGACAGACAAGCCAAUCUACACUCCUAAGGACAAAGUGUUUUACCGAGUCUUCGCCUUGGACCACAAACUGCAGCCAAGCACUGAGCCCAUCUUCAUCACUGUGCAGAACCCAAGGGGUAUUCAGGUCCGGAAGGAUCAGCGUGUGCCAAUGAAGUUUGUGCUAAAUGAUCACCUGUCAAUUCCCGAUAUCUCUGAGCCUGGCAUUUGGCGUAUCACAGCCCGAUUCGUCAACGUGCUUGAUUCCAACACAACAACGGAGUUUGAGGUGAAAAAAUAUGUUCUCCCUCAUUUUGAGGUGAAAAUUGACCCAAAGCAGAAAUACAUCCUUGUCUCGGGACAGCAAGACUAUGAAUUGCAAAUUGAUCUUCAUGCUAAAUUUUUCUAUGGGAAAGAUGUCAGCGGUCUAGCUUAUGUGCGGUUUGGCGUGAGCAAUGGCAAUGGGGAGAAAACCUAUAUCCCAGGACUGGAGCAACAAGUCUCGGUAAUCGAUGGCAGUGCCUCAGUAACCCUCAAACGCAGCCUUCUCGUGGAGAAGCUUGGGAGCCCUCUACAGGCCCUAAUUGGAACGACACUCUACAUCGCAGCCAGUGUCAUAGAGACAGCAAGUGGAGAGUUGGAGGAGCAGGAGAUUGCCUCAGUGAAAUUUGUGACAUCUCCAUACUCAGUGGACCUGUCCAAAACCAAGCACUAUUUUGUGCCUGGAGCACCCUUUGAAGUCUUGGCUACUGUUUUGCUCCCGGAUGGCACACCUGCUGACCACCUCCCAGUCCACUUCUCCACUGAGAUUACAGGGGCUGAAUCCCCUGGCGACAUCCAACUGAACAGCAAUGACCGUGGUGUCGUGAUGCAUUCAGUCAACAUCCCUUCUGGAGCUACAGCCAUCACUUUCAUGAUAACAGCUGGGACAGACUCUCCGGCAGAGGUCAGCUUUACCGCCAAAGCCAUGAAUUCUCCAAGAGGCAGCUACCUGAUCAUCACUGACAGCCCAAGCCAUCAAGACCUGAACCCGGGAGACAACCUGAUGCUGGGGCUGAGUCACAACAGAGAAGAUGCUGCAGAGUCUUCCUCCAACUUCUUCUACUACAUGGUUUUGAACAAAGGGGACAUUGUCUCUGUAAACAAGGAGACCCGUGGAUCCUAUAAGAAGAUCCGGAUACCUGUUACACAUGACUUGAUGCCAUCAUUUCGUGUGGUGGCUUUCUUCCGCCUCGGAGAUGAAACAGUGGCAAACUCUGUCAUGGUGGAUGUCGUUGACAGAUGCAGAGGGAAGCUAGAGCUCCGCAUAUCAGGAAACACAAAUCAGUUGCGACCCCAUGACAAGGUGGAGUUCACGAUAGAAACUGAUGAGAAAUCCUCUGUGUCUUUCGCUGCUGUUGAUGCUGCCAUUUAUGCCCUCAACCGGAAGAAUCGCCUUACACAGGGCAAGGUUUUCCAAGCCAUGGGAAGCUAUGACCUCGGCUGCACAGCAGGCAGUGGGGAAGAUACCCUUGGCGUUUUCACUGAUGCUGGACUCUCUCUUCGUGCUGGUAACUUGCAGAGCCUGCUCCGGAAAGCACAUGGCUGCAAUGUGGAUGUUACCCGGAAGAAGCGACAACUGAAUUUCCAAAUUGAAGUCCAGAAGAGGCUCUCCAUGUACCAGUCGGACUCAGUCUCUCAGAAAUGCUGCCGAGAUGGCAUGCAGCUGAUUCCCAUGCGCUCCUCCUGUGAGCUGCGUGCCAAGCGGAUCCGGGGAGAGUGUCGUGCAGCCUUCCUUGACUGCUGCAAACAUGCUGCCAAACUAAGACGCAAAUCCUGGGGGUCCCAUUCUCUUGCCCGGACUGGCGGCGGAGCGGAGGAAGACGAUGUGUUUGAUGUAGAUAUUCAACUCCGGAGCUUCUUCCCCGAGAGCUGGUUCUGGAAAACAUUCACUGUGAAUCAGAUUCUCACGCAAGAGGUUAUGCUCCCUGAUUCCAUCACCACCUGGGAAAUACAGGCAGUUAGCAUGUCGCCUAAUAAAGGGAUCUGUGUCUCAGAGCCACUGCGCAUUAGAGUCUUCCAAGAUUUCCACAUCUCUCUGAGGCUGCCCUACUCAGUGAAACGGUUUGAACAGAUAGAGCUUCGCCCAGUUCUGUACAACUACUUGCCUAUCUCAAUCCAGGCCUCAGUGUAUUUGGAGCCCGUGGAGGGCAUCUGUUCUCCCAUGACUGCAAGCCGAAGGCGGAAUCUGACGGUGGAAGUCCCAGGGAAGUCGGCAAUACCUGUCCCCUUUGUUUUGGUCCCCAUGACAGCAAACAACAUCCCCAUCACAGUGGUUGCCUAUGGUGCCUAUGAUGACUGGUGGAUUGGGGACAAAGUUACCAAGGUGCUACGGAUUGAGAGAGAGGGUGCUGUUCAGGUGGAGGAAUUCACCAUCACCUUGGAUAAUGAAGAUGGGCGCACCAGAUCUAUGGACAUUUCAGGCAACUUCCCCUCCAAUGCUAUUCCCGAUGGAGACUUCAAGAUGAAUGUCCGAUUGACAGGAUCAGCUCUGAUUGACACCCUGGAGAGGUCUCUGUCACCAGAGGGCCUGUCAUCACUCUUUAUUGUGCCAACUGGGUGUGGGGAGCAAACCAUGUCAAAACUGGCCCCUGGGCUCUAUGCCAUGCGCUACCUAGACCAGACUGAAGGAUGGUUAAAUCUGCAACCAGAAAGCAAGCAAAAGGCCCUGGAAAACCUACGCAUAGGCUAUGAGUCCAUGUCCAGUUUUCGGAAACAAGUUGGAUCAUAUUCAAUUUGGCCUUCUUCAGUUGAAAGCAGCACCUGGCUGACAGCUUUUGUGGUGAAAGUGUUUUCUCUGGUCCGUGAGCACCAGGCUGUGGAUGAGACUGCAGUCCGUGAGUCAGUGAAGUGGCUGCUGGGAAAACAACAGUCUGAUGGUUCCUUCCAUGAUCCAGCCCCCGUCCGUUCCUUAGGGGAGGGAAGCCGUGUCUCCCUUACUGCAUUCGUCACGAUUGCACUAAAGCGAGUCUUGGUCUUAUAUGAGGGAGGAAAUACAGAUCCUAAGACGCAAGAGGAGGAGGAACAGCUCAGACAAGUGCAACAGAGCAUCGCUAAGGCUACGUCUUUCCUCACCCACUCACUGGACGAUUCAUCUUUGGGUCCCUACCCGAUCGCCAUUUCCAGUUAUGCCCUCUCACUUGCUUCUGACAACCAAGCAGCCAUUGCUGCUGCUGAUGCCCGCCUGAAGGAACUUGCUAUACAGGACAAAGUCAACAACACAAUGAUGUUCUGGGCAGUGGAGGAAAAGGACCGACGGUUGGCCGAGCAGCCCUCUGGCCAAGUGGAACCGGCUUCAGCCUUCACGGUGGAGGCCACCAGCUAUGCCCUCCUCCACCUAGUGAUGCAAAAUGACACCACAGAAGCUGCCAAAGUGGCUCGGUGGCUGAUGGAGCAGAGGAACUAUGGGGGAGGCUUCCGAUCAACCCAGGACACAGCAGUGGCACUGGAAGCUCUCACGCAGUAUUGGAUCAGCACCUUCAGGAAGGAAGUCAAUGAACUGGAGGUGACCCUCACCACCCCUGGGAAAACCAAGCCAGUAAAACUUUCAUGUGGAAGGUCCAACGAUCCAGUCCAGGAAGAGCUGCAGUUUCCUUUAGGGAAGAACAUCCAUGUAAAAGUGGAAGGAAAAGGAAAAGGGACACUGACAAUUCUGAAACAAUUUUAUGUCUUGGCAAUGAAAAACACCUCUUGUGAAACUCUUGGGUUAGAAGUGAAAGUGAGCGGCGCCAUUGAGUACAAACCUGACGCAUAUGAGUACUACUAUGAGUAUGAAGAUUAUGGCCCAAAUGACUCCGGGCCGCAAUCACUGUCUGCCGACCAGCCAUUGUCACCGAUCCAUUUGUUUGAUGCCCAGAACCGCCGCAGGAGAGAAGCCAAAGAUCCUAGACAGCCACAACGGGAUGUCACCUACAAUGUCUGUUUAUGGAGGCAACCUGGAGCACAUGUCUCAGGCAUGGUCAUCGUUGACAUCACUCUACUUAGCGGCUUCCAAGCUGACAAGGACGACCUUGACAAGCUGAAAGAUCUCUCGGAUCAGUACAUCAGCCACUGGGAGACCCAAGGACGGCGACUGCUGCUAUACUUUAAUACGGUGCCAGAGUCAGAACGUGAAUGUAUAUCAUUUCAAGCAAGACAGCUAGUACCUGUGGGAAAACUCCAGCCAGCAAGUGCCACAGUAUAUGACUUCUAUAAACCAGACAAGCGCUGCAGCAUCUUCUAUAGUGCCCCCAACAAGGCCGAGUAUGUGUCUCACUUGUGCUCAAAAGAUGUUUGCCAGUGCGCAGAAGGUGCCUGCCCACGUUUGAAACGUAUCCUCGAUAAGGCCAUUACAAAGGAAAAUCGCAUGGAGUUUGCAUGUUACAGUCCCCGUGUGGACUAUGCAUUCCGGGUUCGAGUAGAGAGUGAGCUCAGUGAAAGUGCCUUCCGUGUCUAUGAAGUUAAGAUUUUGGCCCCCCUGCAAUUCACUGCAGACAUGGGGAUUGCUGUAAACCAAAUCAGGCGCUUUGUGAUUCGGGCAUCAUGUCGGACACGUUUGGCUAAAAACACGGAAUAUCUGGUGAUGGGACGUGAUGGGGAAACUCGUGACUCUGAAGGCCGCCCUCAGUACCUGUUGGAUUUGAACUCUUGGGUGGAAGAACUACCAGAACCCAGGCGUUGUCGGACCACCCAGUAUCGCAACUCCUGUGCCCAGCUCCAGUCUUUCACUGAUGCCUUUGCGGAGAGCGGCUGCCGUGUCUGAGUCAGAGAAUGGGACCAGAGAAUCCCCUGGGCUCUCUCUCCUCUUGAUAUACCAGAACCUUUGUCUCUGAAUUGAAGUGGAUGCCAAAAGGCCUUAUGUCCAAGUCCUCCUGUAUUGUUUUCCUCUAAUGCUUUGUGUUUUGGACACGAGAGGCUUGCUGGCUCAAACUAAAAGUCCAUCUAGUCUCACAUUCUUUGUUCUGUGCAUGAAAAGUGUUCACAGACUGCAAAGUUUCCUGCUGGGCAAAUGGGAAGCGAUUGUCUAGUCUUGUAAAAAUAUAUCUUUUUGCCUUUUUUUGGUUCAUUGUUAAAUUCUGAAUAUUAGAUAUUGUGCCUUAAAAAAUAUUUGAACUGUUUCAAGCUGCUGUUUUAUUCAAUAAAAAAAUAUUGAUGGCUCCCUC